AUGGUCGUGAAACCUCCACCACCUUUCGUACACAUGGAUAUACAAUCUCAUGCACCUUAUAGACCUGGUGCAAGAAUUCCAUUCGAUUUAUAUAUAGAACGUAAACCAAUAGUUCGUAGGGAUCCGAGAGAAUGCAUAGUGACGUUGGAAAAACCAAAUUCAGGUUUGAAAUCGGGUAAAUUGAUAAAAAUGUCGACGGUAUUACCGCCGAAUUUAAAAUUAAACGAAAUAGACUCGGAUGAGGAUUUGAAAACGAUCAUUAAAUACACGUAUUCGAGAGCAUCGAAGAUAUAUUUAGACGAAGCCGCCAUGAAAAUAUCUAAAAAACCGAAACCACCGAAUAGAGUCGUGGCAGAAGGUAACGAAAUAUCAUAUAAAGCAAAUCUUUAUCCGGUGUUGCCACCCGGUUGGGUCGGUGCUUCUUGUCAUUGGGAUUGUUUGCAAAUCCGUCAUUUGGGUAAUCCUGAUAAAAAUUAUUGGAAAAGGAGAAAUUUAAAAACUGGUUCUCAUUGUCCUUGCAAUCCCGUACCCGAUUUAUUACCCAAAGAAAUGAGAUACGAAAUUAAAGAUCUUAUUUUGGAUGAUAAUUUAAGACUUCCAUAUGACGUCACUAAAAAAGGAUAUUGUGGAUAUAGGCCGAUAUGUGCAAAAGGUAUAAUGGAAAGAGUACCAGAUAAAAUAGAUUUUUCUUUAGAAGAGGAAAAAAUAAGUAAAUAUUGGAGAAAAUCAGAAACAUUUAGAAAAAGUUUAGAUGAAUCGAAAAGUAGGAAAAAAUUUACUUUUUUCGAUGGUCCACCUUUUGCAACCGGCAUGCCACAUUAUGGCCACAUCCUUGCUGGUACUAUUAAAGAUAUAGUCACUAGAUUUGCUCAUCAGAGUGGUCAUCAUGUUAGUAGAAGAUUCGGUUGGGAUUGUCACGGUUUACCUGUCGAAUAUGAAAUUGAUAAAUCAUUAAACAUUACCGGUCCCAGCGAUGUUCAUAAAAUGGGAAUCGAUAAAUAUAAUGCACAAUGUCGAUCGAUUGUCAUGAGAUAUUCAAAUGAAUGGGAAAUUAUUAUGGAACGAUUGGCAAGGUGGAUAGAUUUUGAAUAUGAUUACAAAACAUUAUACCCAUGGUACAUGGAAUCAAUAUGGUGGGUUUUUCACGAAUUAUUCGUUAAAGGACUCGUAUAUAAAGGAGUUAAGGUUAUGCCUUAUUCGACAGCAUGCAACACUCCUUUAUCAAAUUUCGAAUCUGGUCAAAAUUAUAAAGAAGUUGUCGAUCCACAAGUGAUUGUCGGUUUUCCUCUGGAUACUGAUCCGUCUAUAAUGCUUGUCGCAUGGACGACCACACCCUGGACUCUACCCAGCAAUUUGGCAACUUGUGUUCAUCCGGAACUUAUUUACGUCAAAGUGAAAUCUUUGAAAAACAAUCAAGUGUACAUAGUAAUGGAAGCAAGACUUUGCAUGUUAUUCAAAAAAGAAAACGAUUAUGAAAUAUUAGAUAAGUUUCCUGGUGAAAAAUUAGGAGGCCUUGGUUAUGAACCACUUUUCCCAUAUUUCUCCGAGAUGAAAUCGAAAGGAGCAUUUAAAAUUUUAGUCGAUAAAUACGUUUCCGAUGAUGCCGGUACGGGAAUAGUUCAUCAGGCGCCAUAUUUCGGAGAAGACGAUUACAGGGUUUGUUUGUCGGCCGGAGUUAUAAGCCGCGAUCAGAAAAUUGUUUGUCCCGUCGACGACAGCGGUAGAUUCGUCAAACCCGUCGUCGAUUUCGAGGGAGUUCACGUCAAAGACGCGGAUAAAAAAAUAAUAAAAUAUUUGAAAGAAAAAUGUCCGAAAAGAUUGAUCGAAGCGAGUUCCGUUAAACACAGUUAUCCAUUUUGCUGGCGUUCAGAUACUCCUCUCAUUUACAAGGCUGUGCCAUCGUGGUUCGUACGAGUCGAACCCAUGAUUGAAAAUUUAUUGGAGAGCAGUCACGCGACUUAUUGGGUACCUGAUUUCGUUAAGGAUAAAAGAUUUGGAAAUUGGUUAAAAGGAGCGAGAGAUUGGGCAAUCAGUAGAAAUCGAUAUUGGGGAACCCCGAUUCCCCUUUGGGUAUCCGAUGAUGGACAGGAAGUUGUUUGCAUCGGAAGCAUAAAACAAUUAGAAGAACUCACACGUGAAAAAAUAACGGAUUUGCAUCGGGAACACAUCGAUAAACUCGAAAUACCAUCAGUUCGACCUGGAAAACCUCCGCUGAGGAGAGUGUCGGAAGUUUUCGAUUGUUGGUUCGAAUCCGGUUCCAUGCCUUACGCACAAGUUCAUUUUCCAUUUGGGAGAUCAUGCGAAAUAGAUUUUCACAAAGGAUUUCCCGCGGAUUUCAUCGCGGAAGGAAUCGAUCAAACGAGAGGAUGGUUUUAUACUCUGAUUGUCAUUUCCACCGCUUUGUUUAACAAGGCUCCGUUUAAAAACUUGAUAGCGAACGGUUUGGUUCUCGCUUCGGACGGUCAGAAAAUGUCGAAGAGAAAAAAAAAUUAUCCGGAUCCGAUGGAAAUAGUCAACAAAUACGGUGCGGAUUCUUUGAGAUUGUAUUUGAUCAAUUCGCCCGUCGUGAGAGCGGAAAAUUUAAGGUUCAAAGAAGAAGGGGUUCGCGACGUACUUAAAGAUGUUUUGUUACCCUGGUAUAACGCGUACAGGUAUCUGGCACAAAGUUUGGAAAGAUUGGAAUCGGAGGGCAAACCUUAUGAAUACAAUCCGGAAGUGGAUCAACCCUCGUCCAACACUAUGGAUCGAUGGAUCAAAUCGACAACUCAAACGAUGGUGUCAACCGUUUGGAGAGAAAUGGCCAAAUUUCACUUGUACAAAGUUGUACCCAUAUUGGUGGAUUACAUCGAUCAACUCACGAAUUGGUACAUAAGAAUGAAUCGGAAGCGUUUAAAGGGAGACAACGGGGAAAAAGAUUGUUUGAUUGCCGUCAAUACUCUUUUUAGCGUUUUAUUUACAUUCGUACGAAUAAUGGCUCCCUUCACUCCUUUCCUCUGCGAAUUGAUGUAUAAAAAUUUAAAGAGAAAAGUGAGUCGCGAGUCGUCCGCCAAAACCGCCGACAGUAUACAUUUCCUUAAUUUGCCCAAACCCGUGACUUCGGACAUUGACGAAGUCAUAGAGAGGAGAAUCAAAAACAUGCAGUAUGUUAUUUCUUCAGGAAGAAUAAUUAGAGAUAAAAGGACUGUUCCGAUGAAGUACCCGCUUCCAGAACUCAUCGUCAUACACAAGGACAAACAAUAUUUAGAAGAUUUGGAAGCCGUUAAAAAUUACAUAUUAGAAGAAUUGAACGUUAAAAAUUUAGUUUUAUCGACGGAUUGCGACAAGUAUAAAGUGUCGCUAGCAGCCGACGUAGACCAUAAAGUAUUAGGAGCUCGUUUGAAGGGUGAUUUUAAAUCCGUGUUGCAAGCGGUCAAGCAACUCACGGAUUCUCAAGUUCAAGAAUUUCUUAAAAAUGGUAAAUUACAAGUAUUGGGUCACGUGUUGAGCAUAGACGAAGUUUUCAUCGCGUAUCGUUUCGAAGAAGGUUCCUUCGACAGCGAAAGAUACGAAACUCUGGGAAGUAAAGAGGUUGCUUUAAUGUUCGACAUGAAUCGGGAUGCAUCCAUGUUGGACGAAGGUUUAGCAAGAGAGGUUGUGAAUCUCGUACAAAAAUUACGGAAAAAAGGACAGCUCGUACCCACGGAUCCUAUAACCGUAUUAUAUAAGAUAACUCCCGAGGAUUCGGAUCUUUCGUCCGUCGUCGCGACGCAAAAAGAAUACAUUGAAAACCUUUUGAAAGUUCCUCUCCGACCGUGGAAAGAUGAUGAUACUACGGGAAAGGAGAGAGAUGUGGUCGUCGAAGAAUCGUCACAGUUGAAAGGAUCUCCCGGUUUGUUACAAUUGAAAAUCACGAGAGGAUUUUGUUCGGAUUGGAUAAAAAAAUGCGGGGAUGGAACGACGAUUGGAAAAUCAUCUUCAUCGGGAACGAUGGUCGAAUCCGUUAAAAGGAAAAGCACGACACCGAGUACUCAAGCGGCAAAAGUCGUCAAAAGCGACAUUCCUCAAAUUCCAAAUUCUCAAAUGAAAGCACGUGAAAGGGAAAGGAAAAAAUCUCUGUCGAAAGAUCACAAGAGGAUGACGCAUCAGCACCAGCAGCAGCAAGCGAGCGGAACGACCGGAAAUGUCGUAGACAAAGAAUCGUCAUUGAUAAAAAUCGCAAACGGUCAUUUUUCCAUGACUCCCUGCGUGAGGCACGUACUCGUCAAAUUUCAAGAUUCCCUACUCAAAGACAGCAAACAGAAAAAAUUGAAAAAUUCCGAAUGGAUAUUCCCGUUGGAAAAUCCCGUGGGAGAAAACGAAUUGAAAAAUUUUCAUAAUUUAAAAAAUGAAAUCCUGGAAUUUUUACAAAUGGCGGACAAUUCUUCGGACGAUUUAAAUUUUCACAUCGUUUCGAAUGAUGAUGAUGAUGAUGAUAAGGGGGGGAAAAAUAUUAAAAAAAAAUUGGUGGAAAUUCAAGGAUCGGAAGAUUUUUCCAAAAGGAUAAUUUACGUUUGUCGUAAAGGUUGUGACGUCACGAAAAUAGAAUUUCCAAAUGCGUACGUCGAACCGUCGAAUUUUCCAGAUCAACCGUUUUUGAACGUGAAUUACGAGAAAAGAAAAGGGAUAGUUUUCUUAUGUCAACCCGAUGGGAUUUUACUCAAAGCGGAUCGAAUUAUCGAAUCCAUAGGAAAACUUUAUAAAAUAAAUAAUAAAAAAAUAGUAUUGUCAAGACCUUUGACGGGUCCUAAAAAUGAGAUUUUGGUGUCCGUUCAUUGA